AUGGUUUCCACAGAGUUCAAAGUGGCCCUAGGCUGCAUAGCAACUCGUUUGGCUGUAAUGUGCCUUUUUCCCUCUUUGCAGCAACAAUUGGACAAAUCUGUAGAAUUUUCAACGCCAGUAACUUCAUUUAGGUCGUUACAAGAAGGUAUAUAUCUAUUGCGGAAUAACAUUCAAGUGUAUAACCACGGAGUGGUCCAUCAUCCCCCCAUUCUAGUUUUAUUCCUCUCUCUUUUCGACUCCGACAAAUUAAUCUCUAUCAUAUACGCUUCACUUGAUGGGUUGAUUGCGUAUCAGUUGACGAAGAUGACAAAGGUUUUUAAGAAUCUAAAAGUACAAAGCUGGCUACCAGGUCUUCUCUAUGCCGUAAAUCCCUUGGUUUUAUUGUCCUGCGUCAGCCGUUCAUCAAUCAUAUUCACAAAUUUCGCCAUUUCUUCGUCAUUAUAUUGCAUAUUAACCGAAGGCAAUGUCAUUCUAUCCUCGGUUAUGAUAUCUGUUGCGGGAUACUUGUCAUUUUACCCUCUUCUACUUUUGAUUCCGCUAUUGGGUAUGCUCAAGAGCUGGAGACAAAGAAUGUUCUCCGUCAUCGUUUCCAUAUUAUCUUUACUAAUUCUGCUAUUGUUUAGCUAUAAUAUGCUAGGUGGAGAAAGUUGGUCAUUUUUGACACAAGUUUAUGGAUCUAUAAUAAGUUUUCAAAAGGUUUUCCCCAACCUGGGUUUAUGGUGGUACUUUUUCAUUGAAAUGUUUGACACUUUCAUACCGUUUUUCAAAGCUGUGUUCAAUAUCUUCAUAGCAGCUUUCAUAACACCAUUUACUUUACGCUACCAUAAGCAGCCAUUCUACGCAUUUAUUUUAUGUAUCGGAUGGAUUGUUUUAACUAAGCCAUAUCCAUCCCUCGGUGAUGCUGGGUUUUUCUUCAGUUUCUUACCUUUUUUUACUCCAUUAUUCGGUUAUUUAAGGUACCCAAUCAUAUCAGCAUUAUUGUUUCUACACGCUAUUGUAUUAGCUCCAAUUUUCUAUCACCUAUGGGUUGUUUUAGGUUCAGGAAAUAGCAAUUUUUUCUAUGCAAUUUCCCUAGUAUAUGCUCUGGCUUUAGCGUCUAUCUUGGUUGAUUUGAACUGGGCAAUGUUGAGAAUUGAAUAUGAUAAUGGUGUACCAAAUUUCAAACUAAAAGUAACACAAAUUUAA